AUGUCUCUCCCCACCAGUCCGGCUCCGCAGAACGCUGGAGCUAUACAGGAGGACACCACGACCAAUUCGUCCGCCACAGACUGCGGUAUCUGGAACAUGGCCUCCCGUCUGGAUAAAACCAAAGGCAUCCUCCGCGUCGACUCUGACGGCAGGAUCAUUGAAGAAGACACCGGCGACAUCGUGAACCUCGACGUUCCGGACGACGAGGCACAGCAAUACUACUCGGAGGUCGACCCUUACGCCACCUCCCGCCGCUUCGCCAUACCGGAGAUGAAGAACGGAGCGACCGCCCUCGACGACCCGCGCGCCCACAAGCCCAUGCUGCGCGUAGUCAAGAACUGGCUCACUGGAUCGUCAAAGCCACCGGUGCAGGAGCCACAGUGGGCGUUCAGUACGGCGCUUCGGGGUUGGACACCCAUGAAUCCGGGCCGCAAGCCGGGCAAGAUCAUGUUCGGGAACAUGGUUGAUACGCGUCGGCAUGAGGGCGGUGCGAAGGUGCGCGGCUUGAUGGUGCAGGUGCUGGAGACGUGGUAUGAUGAGGAGGUGAAAAGGGCGUUUGGUGAGGACUGGGCGAAGCAGGCUGCCGAGCAUGACAAGUUCUUGGUGAAGGUGGAGGGCUUUGUCACUAAGCUUGUGGACGACACGCCAAAGAUCGACGAGGAUGACGAGGAGUACGACGCUGCUGUCCCUGUCGACUCCGUCCCCGACCCCCUCGUACCUGAGGCCCCCAAGAAGCGCGGUUGGCUAUGGUAA